AUGAUAUUCACGCCCAGACUCAUUGUGGUGCUACUAUUGGCUCUUUUGGGCCUUUCAUCAGCCAAACUGAAAGCCCAUCAUCUCCCUCCACUCAAAGAGCAAGCCAAACUUCAAGAUGGCUGGCGAGAGGAACGACUUGCAACAAUCCCAUCAAUUCUACAAGAACGGGGUGUAGAUGCGUGGCUGAUCUCGCAAAGAGAAUACGCCGAAGACACGGCCUUCUGGUCUAUGAAAAAAGCAACACAAUUCUCGGCUCGACGCAGAACUCUCUCGAUCUUCUUCGCCGACCCAGCAUUUGAAUCUAAGACCUGGAUCGACAACACGCCUGGACUCUGGGACGAGCUAAAGGAUAUUCUUGAAGCAUGUGAUCCAGGAUCUAUCGCCAUCAACGUAGAUUCUGAGAUCGCGUUCGCUGGUGGUCUGCAUGCUGGUGAGUUUCAACAGCUUCUCAAGCAACUGGGUUCACCGUGGAAGGAAAGACUUUUCGCUGUGCCGUUGGUCGCUGUUCAGUAUAUCGCUACUCAACCUAGGUCAAGAUUGUUUUGGUAUCAGAAGCUGAUGGAGACGGCUUGGGCGGUCAUCGAUGAGGGAUUCAGUGAACGGACUAUAACACCCGAUGUGACUACGACUGAGGAUGUGGAGUGGUGGUUCCGUGAAAAAUUACAGAGUAUGAAUUACAGUACUUGGUUUCAUCCGAGUGUUACUGUGCUUCCUGGGUUCUUGGAACCGAAUAUGUCUAUGGAGAUGAUUCCACGUGCUGAGAAGGCUAUCAAAUAUGGAGAUCUACUACACGUCGACUUCGGUCUUACCGCUCUUGGACUCAAUACCGAUACCCAACAUCUCGCCUACGUCCUCCCUCCAGGGCAUAGCAAAAAGGACAUCCCAACCGGCCUCCUCGCCGGACUAAGGAAAGGAAACCGUCUCCAAGACAUCGUCAAAUCUCACAUGAAAAUCGGACUCACCGGCAACGAAGUCCUAGCCCGAUCUCGCAAAGCUAUGCAUGACGAAGGCAUCGAAGGAAGAAUCUACUGUCAUCCGAUCGGAGAUUGGGGGCAUUCUGCUGGAGCUGUGAUUGGGAUGACGAAUUUACAGGAUGGGGUACCUGUGCUUGGUGAUUUGCCGAUUUUGAAGAAUAUGUAUUAUAGUAUUGAGCUUUUUGUCGAACAUUUUGUGGAGGAGAGGAAUGAGACGCUGAUUUUUCCACUUGAGGAGGAUGUGUAUUGGGAUCGGGAGACGAGGGAUUGGAAGUGGGUGUUUGGGAGGCAGGAGGAGUUUCAUCUUGUGAGAACAAAACAUGCUGGGAAGGUUGAGAUGGUUGUGCAGAAGGGGGAUUUGUAG